AUGCAAUUAAAACGAACAUCAAUUGAAUUUGGAACUCUUGAAUAAUUAUUUGAAGGAAACAUGUCGAUUGCUGCUAGUUAAUAAGAUAUAGAGUAGGAUACCUAAUCCUUUUUAAGCAAGGAUGAUCUAAAGAACAAGUUUAAACCUUUUAAAAAAGAAAGAAACUCAAUAGGAAAAUUAAUUCAAAGAGCAAAAAGUAAUGAAACUACAUCUAGAUUUCAAUUUUUAAAAAGUUAAUAAGUAGUUGUUAAGCCAACAACAAAAAAACAAGUUCGCAAUAAUCAUCCUAUUUAUAAAUGGAGCACUACAAAUCUUUUAGGACUAUAAAAGAGAGAUAUUACUACAUAAGAUUAAGAAGUUUCUUUAAGGUAAAGAUUAAAAUAUUUCAAAAUAAAUCUCUAAGCAGACUAAGGUUUUAUAAAAUAGUUUAGAGAAUAUAAGAAAUAAUUUACUCCAGCAACAAUCUAAACUAGAGCCUUUUUAACACCAAAAAGAGAGUAUUUUUAUAAAGAUGUAAGGAGAAGCAUAAACUAAAUGAUAGAGUCUUAUUCCAGGACCAGGUGUAUAUUCUGGAAAAUUAAUGUUGACAGAUCCUGGAAGUUCGAUUGAAUACAGUAAAAGUCCAUAAACGUCGAAGUAACAAACGCCUAUUUGUUAAAAGGAUUUUUAUGAUUUUUAACUACAAAAAAAAAAUGAAAAUACUCCAGAUUUUUUUAGGACUAUUAGUAGAGAAAGGGCUUAUUAGAGAAGCAUUUUUGCUUAAAUAGAAAUCUAGAAAAAAGAGAAUAAAGUAUUAAAUUUAUAUUUUAUAAAAGAAACUUCAGAAAGAAUAACCAUAUGAUUAAAAGAAAAUAGAAUAAGAAAUUGAAUAUUUACUUUAUUAAUAAUAAAAAUAUGGGAAAAUAAGUAUUAAUAUCUUAGAAUUUAGAUUAUCAAAGAAUAUUAGAUAAUAAUGAUGAUAUUAAAAAGAUGACAAAGCCAGAUACUCUUGAUAAUACAUGGAGUAAAAUGCUGUAAUAAUAUAAAUAAUUUAAGUGAACGAUAUGGAUUUAAGAAAAUAAAAGGUGGUAAAAUAGUAAAAGAAAGAGUAUAAACAUUAUAAAAUGAGUGA